AUGUCAAGUCCACCGACCCUUAUCUUCAUACCAGGCUCCUGGCAUCGGCCGAUAUGCUAUGACCCGAUCAUUAAGCUCCUGCAACCCAAGUUCAGAUGUGUCGCUGUGUCUCUUCCAUCAACAGCCUAUAAUCCCGAAGCGAGUUUCAAAGAUGAUCUAGAUGUAGCCCGGGAUGCGAUUUCCGUCGAGACAAGUAACGGGCGCAAUGUCGUUGUUAUUGCGCACUCAUAUGGCGGCAUGGUGGGAAACAGCGCGAUCAAAGGCUUCACAAAGCCAAAUGGCGCUGAUAACAGUCAAUCAGGAUACGUCAUUGGCCUAAUUCUCAUAGCCUCUGGCUUCACCUUGUCUGGGCUAUCCUUUAUGGAUCCAUUCUUCGGUCGUCCGCCGCCUGCCUGGCGAGUGAAUAAGGAAACUGGCUACGCCGAGCUUGUUACUUCACCACGGGAACUCUUCUAUCACGAUCUGCCAGAGGAAGAGGCCAAUUACUGGAUCUCCCAGCUGACGAGUCAGAGUCUGAAGGCGUUGUUCGAAGGCGGCGAGUACACGUAUGCCGGGUGGAAAGAUGUGCCGUCUUGGUACAUCGGGACUACGGAGGAUCGAGGAAUACCAGUGCUGGCCCAGCGGAUGUCAGUUGUCAACCUGGAUUAA